GAAAAACUGGAGGGAAUGAUGUGCUUGAUACUGAGGAUCGAAGACAUCAUUAUUGGUGUUCAUUUGAGUGUAUCUGUUUUACAAAGUUUACCACAGUAUACCCACAACAGUAAACUGCUCAAAUCAAGUGCUUAUUCAAGUCAUCAAAACAGCACAGCUUUUAUCACUCCAAAAAUCAGCACAGAGGCACAUUGCUUGACCAAACAUUCCAAUCUACCUCAUCUUGCUGCAAGAAGCAAACAGACCCUUAAUAAGAGCAGCCAAGGUCAGUCACCUUGGAUACAGCGCCCUAUCUUAUCCAGACAACAUACACACAUAACGUCACAGCAUAUGACAGUAGGGGCAAAGACGGGCACAUCUAAGCCCAGAUCAAAUAUGGAUUUCUUGAGUGGUGAUUACUUGAAUGGACCCAUAUAUGACCAUAGAGUCAGUGGGGAUAUUGACUCUGCCAUCUUUGCAUCUAGUCCUAAUUCUCUGUGUAUUUAUGAACAGGAGAAAAAUGACAUGCAGAGUUUUAAUGACACCUCGUGCAAUGGUAGUAUGACUAGCCUUCUGAACGAGGAGCAAUUUGAUCUGAAAUCGCAGUACGAGAACUCCCUGGACAUCACCAUGCCUGUGGGAACUUCAGCUGUUACCACCACUUCGGGAACAUUUUCUGAAAAUACAUGGGUAAAUAACUCCGAAAGUCAGACAUGUAAUACAGAUCUAGUCAAAACAGAGGUGUUCGAGCCAACCCUGGCCGAACUUAACACGUCAACUUCUGAAGAAAAUACUAUGAUGGAUAUCAGUAAUAUCACAGACUAUAUUUCUCAAGAAAGCAUGCAACAACUGGAUCUGUUGCUCUCUGCUGCGCAGCAGUCGUUUUCUAAUGUGGAAAAUUCGGGAACUAGAAGUGAGACGAAACAGAAUUCAAGGGACCGUGGCCGCCACAGUUCUGCAAGUGAAGUGUCUCAAACAUGGACUGCCACAUUACCCUCGCAGGAAAAAGAUUCUGCAGUGUUGUCUGGUGAUGUCAAAUUACCAAAUUACCAGCAAAGGCCCCUUCAAGGGGCCCGUGUGAGACAUUCGAGUGCAUCGUCAUACUCUAGCAAACCACCACAGAAAUCCACUGCACCGAGCACGACCCUACAGCAGCUUCUCUCGGUCAGACUGCCCUCUGUUGCCGUGACGAACACCGAACACACAGUUCCAACUUCAACUCCUCCUCAGCUGAGUCCGGGAAAACGUAAAAGGUCCUCAAUUCCAGAGGAGGAGUCUUCCAGUUCUGUAGACAGGAAGUGGGAGGAGAUAAAACAACUGCUCUACCCUGAGGAGAAGCAGGUGCCCUCUCAGCCAAAGUGUACACGACAGAGUCUCGAUUCUGUUGGGUCAGCACCUUCGUUUGACGAUUCUGAUUCCGACUCGGAUGUUAAUGACUUCUCAGAUUCAGACUCGGAAGGAAGUCAAGAGGAAUGGACUGCAGGACGAUCGUCUCGCGAGUCUCGGCAAGUGAGAAAGGACCAGUUCUUCUGGCAAUAUAACAUCCAAUCCAAGGGUCCCAAGGGGAAAAGAGUUAGAUUUGGUAUGGAUGAAAACCCCCACAAAGUCCAGGAUUUUGAAGAUCCAGUGUUUGAUUCAUCUUCAGCUUCUCAGCUUGGAACGACCAUUCGUCAUGGAGGGAAAGCUCGAAAAGGAGAUGGAAACGACGUCUCCCCCAAUCCAAAGAAACUUGUUCAGAUUGGAUGUCAGAUCAAAAAGCUAAACAAACAAAUCAACAGCUUUGCUCCACUCAGUGAACUUCCUGUCUCCACACGAAACAAGUCUAAGAAGGAGAAAAAUAAACUGGCAUCUAGAGCGUGUCGACUGAAGAAGAAGGCGCAGCACGAGGCAAACAAGGUGAAGCUUCACGGCCUUGACAUUGAACACAAACAGUUGUUAGGUGUCAUUGAUACAAUUAAAGAAGAUCUUCACAACUUCAUCAUCAAGAAAGGUCCUCAACUAAAAUUCUCAACUCGUCUAGAAAGUCUAAUCAAAGAAAAAUUAACUCUUCAAGUGGCUGGAAAUACCACAGAUUAUGUUAACAGUGUAAUUUCCAAAGUCGAGGCGGGGGACCCUAAAGGGGGCCUCUACACGAAGAAAUUCUCCGUGAAAAAUGAUCACACGUGAAAUCCAUGUACGAGACUCCCACGGCAUUCAGAAUCAGGUUGUGUUAUUCCAUUAGUGAACUCCAGACAUGAGAGUUGUUCCAAACAACUGAUGAAUUCUGGAAAGAUUUUAUGUUCCGUGUUUUUAACUACCCUCUGCAUUAAUUAGAGUUGACAGAUGUACUAAUUUGUUGUUUAUAUUUGGUCUCCAUGUUUCCUGUACAAGUUUCUUACCAUUGGUAUAUAUUUUGUUUCUGUGUAUGAAUAUAUUAUCUGCUGUUACAUGGUUUAUAUCCAAUAUGCCAUAUUUUAUAGUGCAUAGUACACAUUAAUGACGUUGUGUAUUAGUAGUGUAGAUUUGAUAAAUCUUGUUCAUAUUCAAUAUUUAAUAGGAAAUUGUGCAAUAUACUUUAUUAAAAAGUGAAAAAUUUUGUAAUCUGUAUAUAGUUUAUGAUGCUUUUGUACAUAAUCAAGUGCCGUGCUUUCACACUAUGAGUAGAAGUAUAGCUUCAUGUGAAUAUUACAGUAGUGCUUUAGAUGAUGUGAAUUAGUCCGAUUCCAUUUGUAAAUACACAAGAAAGUGCUGUACGAGAACUGUAUUAGAGAAAGAGGAGAAUUUUCUCUGAUUCUUUUUGGUUGAGAUCUGUUGGCGAUUGUUGCAUUUAGUGAUAAGAUGUCAGUUAUAUAAUUAUUCCUCAAUUUUGUUGUUUUGUUACUGACGGUGUAAAGAAUUAUUAUGUUAUGGAUGUUAUUGUAUAUAUAUAAAUUUCAUUGCCACUGUUUAAAUGUUUUUUCUUGUGUGUGUAAAUGCUCAAACGUUUUCUGUUGUCUCACUAGAAAAAAUCCAUUCACAGAGUUAAAUGCCAUGUAACAUGUUUGAAAAUGUUGGUAAAAGUUCUUUUGCAAACUACAUUUUACAAAAUAGAUUUUUUUUAUAUAAAAAGAUUUUUGUGCAGCUUCAAGGUUUUUUUUAGUGCUAAAUGUUUCCAAAUUUUGAUUUGAACUGCGGAUAGAGAAUCGUGUGACACUAUAGACUUGUACUGUAGUUAUUUGUGUCAGUGGGUCAUAGCUUUAAAUGAUGUUAUAUAUAACAAGUCCAAGAUGGUGAGCAUUAAAACACUGAUCUUGAAGAAAUCAAUAAAUGUAUUUGAUGCUCUUUCCUUGUUUUAUUUUUAAUUCAACAGAAAAAAAAUGCACAAUGAAGACCAAGAUUUCCUGCAUAUUUGAGUGAAAUUUCAAAAAAAUUUAAUAUUGAUUUGAAACCAGUGAAUUAUUUAAAUCGGUAACACCUAUGCAAUCCUUUCUACACUACAUGUAUCAGUAUGUGAUGUAACUAGUGUAUACUUAUGUCUGUCUUUCAGAAGCUUGAAAUGUUGAGGAGGUCUAUAAACUAUGUGCCAGUUUUGUACUGUGGAGUAUUUUUUGUUGGUUUUCACUUGCCGCAUGUCCGUAAGCAUGCUGAAUGUUACAUUCAUAGUGCUCAAUUAUUUAUGUAUGUUUUGAUCAUGUUCCACAUUUAAGUCUGCAGAAUUUAGGACGUAAGACUACCUCAAAGAUUGGAGUGGGAAUUUUUUUCUCUCUGAAGAUGAGAAUUAAGCUAUGUACAUAAUUCUGUAAUUUGUGAUGACAAAACUAAAAUCACUUUUUUCGCACACAUUUUUGCUAUCAAGACUUUGUCAUGAUUUGAGUUUUCAGUACUGAGGUUACUAUAGGGCUUUCAAAAUGUUGGCAAUAUCUUGAAUCACAGGUCAAAUGUAAAAAUUUGUGUCUUUUAAUUAAAAAUGUUAAUCUGAAAAUAAAAUUUGUGAAAACCAUCA